ACGGGAUUUGUAUAUACAGCUGACCGUGACCCAAAUGUUGCCCACCCCGUCGCUGCACGAAGUGUUCACCCAGAAUAAAAAAAAAAAAAAAAAAAAAAAAGAGAGAGAGAGAGAGAGAGAGAGAGAGAUAACAGACCAGGCAGACCAAGGGACGAGAUAUCUCGAGUUUAUGAAGGGACCUCAAGGGAGCUCGAGGAGCUGUCAGGCCUUUGCUGCACUAAUGCCCGGGGGGGAUCUUUCCCAGGAUCUGUAGGCCAAUGCAGAAUUGUGAUGAAUCGUCGAAUGAGAAGCUUGCCCUCGUUCUCGAUAGCUUGCAAGAUAGAGUUGGUACUAAACAGUCGCGAUUCGACGAGCCCAGGGUGGCCAGCCAGGCACCCCAAGGGCAUUGGGGGAGGUAGCGGGAGGGGGAAGAGAACACGCAAGGCCGAUGUGGAGUCAUCAUUAAUUGGAAGGGGGGGGGAAGCCAGAGGAGUAAAAGGACAACAAGAGUCAAGAUUUCAAGCUAGAAGCAAAAAAGUAAAAAUAACUCCAAGCGAGAGCGAUCGAGUCCGUGCCAGACAACUAUUUGCUGGGCUGGAUAGACCCUGUCAUCAUCGUCAACAGGAUGGCGCAUCUUCCUUUUUUUUCUUGUCCUUUCUCAUGCAGAACUGCGUCAGACAAAUCGACGAAGGAGGGCCAGUCAAACUUCGAACGGCGAUUAUCGAUGAUCACAGGGCGUGAUCACCAGCCCUUUGGUUCUGUGAUAAUCUCGUGUGACUUCAUGAUUGCAGCUUCGGCCUUUGCUGUCUCCCUUUGAACGAGAUACUGGAGGAGCCGUUA